AUGCCUGAACAUAGUGAAAGUGAGGAGAAAGAAGAUGAAUCUGAAGAUGAGUCUGAGGAGGAGACAGGAAAACGCAAACGUGGUUCAAAGAAAUCAUCUACAAAGAAGGAAUCUGCUGGAAAAGCUAGAAGCAAGAAAGUGUCUACUCCUAAGAAAUCUAGUCCAAUACCACCAAAGAAAGCACCUACCAAAUCACCAGCUAGUCGCUCUAAGGUGGAUGAUGAUAUUGAUACAAGUCCAAAACGGUUCUCAAGGAAAAAGAAAAAUCAAGAAAUUGCUAAGGAGAAAUCUUCAACUCCAAAGAAGUCUGCUUCUAAGGAGACAGCAGGGAAAAAAGUUGGGAAAGGGAAGGACAAGCCUAAAGAGGAUAAAGUAAGGCUAAGUGACGAAGAACUCAGAAAUUCAAUAUGUGAAAUCCUUAAAGUUGUUGACUUCAACACGGCUACCUUCACCGACAUUCUGAAGCAACUUGCCAAACGAUACAAUACAGAUCUUACUCCCAGGAAAUCAUCGAUAAAGCUUAUGAUCCAGGAUGAGCUUACCAAACUUGCCGAUGAGGCAGAUGAUGAGGAAGAUGAAGAUGAAGGUGAUGCUGAAAAAGAUGAAAAGCAACCUUCUGGCCAAGGUGUGGAGGCGUGA